AUGGCGCACCUUCCACCUUCCACCUUCCACCUUCCACCUCCCAUCCUACCACCAUACAUCAUGGAUUCAUCGUUUACGGAAGAAAAUUCUUUCGUCUCUUUUGAAAGGCUGUUCGAUGGCUAUCAACAUCAUCGAUUUAGUAGUCUGAGCCAGUUAAAAAGUCUAUUACGUUCUCGGCAAGCAGCGUUGUAUGAGGACAAAACGCGAGAACAGUUUGUUGUGGUCUCGAAAUUUCCUCCCUCAUCUCUCUCGAAACUCGACGAGAAUUUCUUCAAAUUUGUUCGUCUCUCAUACAAUAAAAAUACGCAACUUGCAGUCUUCAAAGUUAUGUACGGCACCGCCCACGAGCUCGCGUGUCGAGAAUUUCUCUAUUGCAUCUAUGACGAACUGACCGCCAUGAAUGUAAUGAGAGAACUUGACUCACUCGGAACAUCCACAGUAACUAUUGGGAAUUGGACAAAGCAGGCGGAUGAGUGCUGGGCACCCAAAGCUCAAGAUACGAAUUUACGAGUCAUCUUCGAGAUUGGAUUAUCCGAGUCUUCCCGUCAUUUGGCAAUGGAUGCCCGAGGCUGGCUAGAGACUCAAGGUUCGACAAUCGAAUUAGCUAUCACCAUGAUUGUCGAUCAAAGCAAUCCUAGCAUCACAAUUCAACUUUGGGAAAAAGAUGUUCGGCAAUACAACAUCCGUACUCGAAACCGCCCUGAACAAGCCUAUUGUGUUCAAGAGAUGACAAUCGUUCAUCAAAACAAUGGCACCAUUGUUUCUCAAAAUCUCGUUCUACCGUUCAAAGCAUUCUUGGGUCGUGAUCCACAGGAUGCAAUUGAAAGAGAUCUUAUACUAACUCGCUCAAGACUUCAAACUUUGGCUGAGGAUAUCUGGAGAAAACAACGAUUCAUUAAUUGA